CACAGGAGUGCGUUUGCUGGUUAACUAGUUUUAGAAGUGUUUUAAUUGCGCGACCUUUAAUUUAAUCCAUAUCAGAUAUAUUAUAAUUAAAUAAUAUUUGGUAAUUUUUAUAAUAAAUUUAGUCUAAUCGAAACUCAUUUUAUAUUGCUCCGAAGAUAUGCCACAAGCCUAUGACAACAGAAUGCCUGAUAAAGUAUUCAAGAAGUUUUUAUGCCCGCAAUUGCCCUUCGCGUUUGCUCAUUUGGUUUUGCUGGGUCUCAUCGGGACUCAUGCGUAUGCAAUAAUUCCAAAUACAGUGACUUGUUACAUCAGAGGACCUUUAAAGCGUUUCAUAAGUUUUAGUGCCGAGUAGAUCUGCUAAGCGUUGCAUCGAAAGUACUUGGUUUAAUCCAAUAACAAUGGUAUCGUGUGCUGCAAAUCGUGUAUUACAUGUGGCUCGUGUUGGAAAUGCUACCCAAAAACUUUGGGGAGCUAGGAGUAUAUGGUCUCUUUCAAGUCUUUCAGAAACGCAUCAAAUGCUUCAGAAAACAGUGCGCGAUUUUGCUGAAGCUGAAUUGAAACCUAAUGCCGGCAAAUACGACAAGGAAGGAGUUUUCCCAAUGGAACAAAUUAAAAAAAUGGGAGAUUUGGGACUUAUGAGCAUUGACACUCCAGAAGAAUAUGGUGGAACUGGACUAGAUUCUUUAGCCUAUUCUAUAGCUAUGGAAGAAAUUGCUAGAGGUUGUGCUUCUGCUGCUGUUAUGAUGAGUGUAAACAGUUCUCUAUUUCUUGGUCCCAUUAUGAAGUUUGGUAACAAGGAGCUGAAAGAUAAAUUUGUGCGGCCAUUUACAACUGGAGAGCAAGUUGGUUGUUUCGCAUUGAGUGAACCAGGGAAUGGAAGUGAUGCUGGGGCUGCAUCUACUACAGCCACUUCUAAAGGAGACACAUUUGUAUUAAAUGGUACAAAGGCAUGGAUCACGAAUGGUUAUGAAUCAAGGGCUGGAAUUGUAUUUGCUACCACUGAUAAAAGCAAGAAACAUAAGGGCAUUUCUGCUUUUAUAUUUCCAAAACCAGUAGAUGGCCUCUCUCUGGGGAAAAAAGAAGAUAAGCUGGGUAUUCGAGCAUCUUCAACUUGCCAACUUAUCUUUGAAGACUGUGUUAUCCCUAAGGAAAAUAUGUUGGGAGAGCCUGGAAUGGGCUUCAAAAUAGCCAUGAUGUCCCUUGAUGGUGGCCGAAUCGGAAUUGCAAGUCAAGCUUUAGGGAUUGCUCAGGCAUCUCUAGAUUGUGCUGUUGAUUAUGCCACAAAGAGAAAUGCAUUUGGAUCUCCAAUAAUUAAACUUCAAGCAAUUCAGACUAAAAUUGCGGACAUGGCUCUUAGGGUAGAGUCAGCUAGGUUGCUCACCUGGAGAGCGGCCGUGAUGAAAGAUAAUAAAAAACCUUUCACAAAGGAAGCUGCAAUGGCAAAAUUGGCUGCGUCAGAAGCAGCAACGUACUGUGCGCACACUGCUAUUCAGGUGUUAGGUGGAAUGGGCUUUGUCACUGACAUGCCAGCUGAACGUCACUACAGAGAUGCACGCAUCACAGAAAUAUAUGAAGGAACUUCAGAAAUUCAGCGCCUAGUCAUAGCAGGAAAUCUUGUAAAGGAAUACGGAUAUUAAGUCCUAGAUUCUCAGAUAUUGUGAUGUCAAUAUAAAUAAACAUAAAUGGGAAAAGAAAUACAUUUUUUUAAAAGUAUAGUGCAGUUUCUCUUAAGUUUGCUUGCAUCAUUGUGUGGUAUUUGAAAAUUAAAGAAGUAUCCAAAGACUGCAUAAAUAACUCUCAAGUCAUUUCUCAAAUAUUAACUUUGUAAAUACAUAAUUCAGAUUGUAUAUGAAAUAUAUUUUUGUAUUUAUUUUAAGAAUUUAUAUUUUAAUAGGCCCUUGAUAAGAUUUUAAUUAUGUCUAUAAUAUAAAUGUCAAAUGAAUUUUCUUAAUGAUGGGGAAUUUUAAAUAAAAAUUGUUUUUAAUAAGACUAGUUUAUAUUUUAAGAUAAUAAAUUGCAUUGAAUGAAAAGAAAUAUUGAGUGUAUUGAACCUCAGGUUAUUAUCAGGCAGCAUGUUUUUAUAAUUGGUGUUUUAUAUUAAUAAAGAACAAGUGUGUUAAAUUUUGUAUUAUAUUUAUUAAUGUGUUAAAGUACCCGAUAUUUCCAUUCACAUACUCCCA